AUGGAGGAAUGCAAAGUAGCAGUGACCAGGAGUAAGAGGAGAGCAGAAAAAGAAAUCAUUGAGAUUGAGAGUAGUGAGGAGGAGGAAGAUGAUGAGAAAAUCAUUGACUUAAGAAGUGAGGGAGAAGAAGAAGGAGAGCAGGAAAAAACUAAGAGAAAAGAAAAUCACCAUGAGAAAUUUAGAGAGAUUUUUAAUCAGGUGAUUGUAGUGCCUUUAGCCCAAGCACUCCACCAGAUUCCUAUUUACUCCAAGAGAAUAAAAUACUAUCUUGGAGAUGUGAUAGAUCUUGAUGAAGAGGAAAUUGAGAAACGGGAAGUUUAUACACGGCCUAAGAAAAGAAAGCAUCCAACUAAAAUGAAGGAUCCAGGAAGUCUUACUCUUCCAAGUGUUAUAGGAGAUGUGGAUGUUGGAAGAGCUAUGCUAGAUUCUGGAUCUAAUAUUAAUAUGAUGUCUGUAUCUUAUUUGAAAAAAAUUAGAGGGUUAGUAUUGAAACCAUCUAAUCUUUCUGUGAUGGUAGCGGAUGGAUCUACUAAGUGGCCGAUUGGUAUGGUGGAGGAUGUUAUUGUUCGUGUGGAGCAUCUUGAGUUCUUGGUUGAUUUUAUAGUCAUGGAUAUGGACACAAAUGAAAGGAUUCCAGUGAUUUUGGGAAGGCCUUUCAUGAGAACUGCUAAAUUGCUGAUGAGUAUCUAUGAAGGAAGAAUUAUGCUAAAGGACCAGGAAAAUGUGCCUAAGGAAGAAGAUAUUGAUAAAGGAAUCCACCUUAAUUUAAAAAAAGCAAUACUCCAACCUGGUGCAAAGGUGAAAUACAAGAAGAAGGAGUGGUUAGUGAAAGAGCUUAAAGAGAAAGGAGUGGUGGAGAUUGAAAGACCAUACUCCAGACUACCCAAGGAGGUGGAUAGGAUGCAUCUGAAGAGUUGGUGGGCUGAAGACACCAACGUAGGCGAGAAGACAUGA